AUGGAGGAUGGAAAUGGAGGAUGGAAACCGGUGGUCAAGCAACGAAACCGAGUCUUUGGCCGGAUGAAAGGAGGUAGAGACAGCUGGAUCAUAGUUUUUGUAGAUAACCUACCUGACUCCAUGGAUCCAAAAGGCCUCUUCAGUUUGUUCAAUAACUUUGGAGUUGUAAGGGAUGUAUUCAUUCCAAACAAAACGCGAAGGAUUUCUAGUACAAGGUUUGGUUUUGUGAGGUAUGACUGCAGAGUAGCUGCCAAUGUGGCAAUCCAAAGAGCGAAUGGGCUGUGGGUGGAGGACAGAGCUCUAAAGGUUAAGGAAACGGAUUUUAACAGUGAUCAACGCAGAGUGGUGUGUAGACGUCCCUGA